AUGUCGAAGGCCGCGGCAAGCGAUCAGUAUCGCAAGACUUUUCGGCCACUCAGCGGUGAUAUGCAAGGCCCAGCGAUGAGUUUCAACUUCAAACGGGUGAGGCGGUGCUAUAGCUCUCUGCCAGCGGCUGUUCGCGCCUCAGAUGAUGGGGAUGGCCUCGAUCUGGCAACGCAAAACCAGUCUUGCACAAAAGGAAAAGAGAUAUCACAAAGCACGAAACCUGAAGAUCAGAUAGAUAUUCGAUUACCUUCGGAUGAGAAGGACCUGGUAGCGCAGCAAGCCCAAGCCAAACCAGAUUCUGCUACCGUUCCUGCAGUCCUAAAGUACUGGAGCCAUCGGCUGCAUAAAACCCCAAGCGGAAAGGACAUCAUCGUGCACUACUGCAAGUCCCUUGAGAAAAGCGAAGAGGUAGCGAAAUAUUUCCUCAAUGAUAAGGUCAUCGGGUUCGACAUGGAAUGGAAACCUCAGGCAACUAAGUCGGCCGGCAUUCGAAGCAAUGUCUCGCUGAUCCAGAUUGCAAACUCAGAGCGAAUCGCCCUCUUCCAAAUCGCUUUGUUCAAGCCCGCUAAAAAGGCAGAAGACUUUGUUGCGGCUUCGCUGCGCAAAAUUCUCGAAUCGCCCGAAAUCAUGAAAGUCGGAGUCACAAUAAAGGCAGAUUGUACGCGUCUCCGCAAGUACCUCGGGAUUGACACUCGCGGAACUCUCGAACUCAGCCAUCUGUAUAAGCUGGUCAAGUAUUCCGAGUCAAAUCCCAAGCUCAUCAACAAGAGACCCGUAAGUCUGAGCGACCAGGUUGAAGAGCAUUUUGGCAUGCCUUUAGAGAAGGACGGUAAUGUCCGCUGCAGCAAUUGGGCUACGGCUCUCAAUUACCGCCAAGUCCAGUAUGCUGCAACCGAUCCAUAUGCAUGCUUCCGCCUAUUCGAUACCAUGAAUACUAAGCGCAAGGCUUUGGAUCCAAUGCCUCCUCUACCUGAAUAUGCCGAGUUGGAUCUGCCAAUUCGUUUAGCGGAAGCCGUUCUGGUUGAAAACGAGAUAGAAGCCGAGAAUGACGCCAAAGUCGGGGCCGAUAAAGAGGUUAAGUCUGGCGCAGAUGACGCUCAAGAUGUUGAUACGGCAAUCGGUCUUGGAGCAGUUGUGAUCAAAUCCGAGCUAGUAUCUGUUACAUGCACCGCCUAA